GCGCAAACUACUCGCUAAUUUCUGUCUGAUAAUUGUACUUCCGCAUACAGCCGAGAAAAAUGUCUCAAGUAUCUCAAGGUGUUCUGAAGGAGGUUGUGCGGCCAGGUAACGGCCCACAGGUGCAGAGGGGCAACACGAUCACCGUACACUGUACAGGGAACCUGGUCAACCCUCCCAAGAAAUUCUGGAGCACCAAGGACCCUGGUCAGAAGCCCUUCACUUUUCAAGUAGGCUUGGGAAAAGUCAUCCAGGGUUGGGAUGAAGGCUGUAUGUCCAUGUGUAAAGGAGAAAUAGCCAAGCUCACCAUCGAUUCAAAGAAAGGCUACGGGGCUCAAGGCUUUCCAGCUUGGGGGAUCACUCCUAAUGCUGAUCUCAUGUUCGAGAUCGAGAUCCUGGAAAUCAACUGAAUCCCAGGCCUGCACAUCAGAGAUCCAGCUCAGAUCAGAAAUCCAGAAGAUCUAGAUCCAGCAGAGACCAUAAGUUGCAUGUCUGAGCUAUUUUGUCUGAUUGAAAUAUUAAGUAUCAUUUGUGCUGUAACAAUGAUGUCUGUAGAUGGACUAUACACUUUUUAUUGUUGUUUAUUGUAUUACAUUUAUCAUACAGUCAAACCUGGCACAGGGGACCAUCACCAGUCACAAGCCACAUCAGAACAGUCCUGUUUUUACAUAGUUAACCCCACAUACCCCGUCCUCAGCAAAUAUUUUUGUCAGUCCCUUGAGUGGUUUCUGUAUCCAGGCUUGACUGCUAAUUAAAAACAUUCCAAGCAGUAUGUCACAAAAUAACUUUUCACAUGUCAUAUAACCGUACAAACAAAACAAUGUGGUGCAUAAUUGUAACCUGAAGGCCCUUUGUGGCAUACUUGAAUGUAGUAAAUGGUGUUUGAGUGAUGUGUAACAUGAAGAUAUAGAACUAUGUGUAUGUAUCCAUAAUAACGUACUCUAGAAAGCCUAGAUGAUAAAUUCAAGCAGCACAAUGUAUUGGCAAGGAGUUUGGUAAAACUAGCAAAAUGUGUCUUCUUUCUGUAUGUGACAUUGAUAUGAAAUAUCAGUAAAUUAAUGCAGAAUCAUGCAAAGUACAAAAUUUAAUGCAAUUUUCUAGUUUCACACCUGGCAAUACUUAACUUUGAUUGCACAUGCAUACAUGUAAUGUUUAACUACCCUUCACUAAUAAACAUCAGUACAUGCACA